CGGACAGAUCGUUGUUUUAGUGGUUCGAUUAUGUACAUUGAAAUUCUGAUUAUUUUUAACUUCGAUGAAAUUGCAUCACAUCCGUUUUUAUGAUAGGAGUUGCCCCACUGAUUUGAGUAAGUUGCUAUAGAUUUUCAUUUGACUGCUCAUCUUAUUUUCCAGUUUCUUUUUCUCCAGAUGUUCCAACCAAUGAAAGCGCUCGGGAAGGAGGAGGCGGAGGCUGGAAUUUCAGGGACGCUUGUUAUGGCUGUCAAACCACUAGCGAUGAGAAAAACAUAUAUUUCCAUGUAACAGUCACCCGACUCCAAUGAAAAAUGGACACAACGGUUGUUCUCGUAUGGAUUUAUAUGGUGGUCACCAUCCUGCCGACGUUGCACGCUGACCGGAACGUUUACCCGUCUGCAGGUGUGCUGUUUGUGCACGUCCUGGAGAGAGAGCACUUCAAAGGAGAGUUUCCCCCCUAUCCCAAACCUGGGGAUUCCAGCAACGACCCCAUCACCUUCAACACCAACCUGAUGGGCUACCCAGACCGGCCAGGCUGGCUGCGUUACAUCCAGAGAACCUCACACAGCGAUGGGGUGCUCUACGGAUCCCCCACUGCCGAACACGUGGGCAAGGCCACCAUCAUAGAGAUUAUUGCCUAUAACAGACGCACUUUCGAAACGGCGCGGCACAACUUGGUCAUAAACGUCAUGUCCACAGAAGAGUACCCACUGCCGUACCAGGCAGAGUUCUACAUAAAGAACAUGAAUGUGGAGGAGAUGUUGGCAAGCGAGGUUCUGGGAGACUUCCUGGGGGCAGUGAAGAACGUGUGGCAGCCUGAACGCCUCAACGCCGUCAACAUCACCUCAGCCCUGGACAGGGGCGGACGCGUUCCCCUGCCCAUAAACAACCUAAAAGAGGGUGUGUAUGUGAUGGUGGGGGCCGACGUGCAGUUCUCUUCCUGCCUGAGGGAGGUGGAGAACCCCCACAACCAGCUCCGCUGCAGCCAGGAGAUGGAGCCUGUCAUCAGCUGUGACAAGAAGUUCAGAGCCCAGUUCGACAUCGACUGGUGUAAGAUCAAUCUGGUGGACAUCACCAAGAUGAUCAUGGUCCACAGUAACCGUCUGGACCCAGGGACGGGGGUUCUGCCUGACAUCGGGGGGUACAACCCCCCGCCAGAGUCUCUGAAGAGCAGGGACUUCUUUGCCGACUUCCUCAUCACGUUGGCGGUGCCCUCGGCCGUGGCCAUGGUCCUCUUCAGCGUCCUGGGUUACUCCAUGUGCUGCCGGCGGGAAGGGGUGGAUAAAAGAAACAUGCAAACACCAGAUAUCCAGUUAGUGCAUCACAGCUCCAUACAGAAGUCGACCAAGGAGCUGCGGAGCAUGUCUAAGAACAGGGAGAUCUCCUGGCCCCUCUCCACCCUGCCUGUCUUCAGCCAAAGUGGGGAGGUGGUGCCCCCCAUACACCCAGACAACUACGAGACAACCAGCAUGCCCCUGAUGCAGACACAGACAAACCUGCAGAACCAGAUUCAGAUACCACAGCAACAGCCAUCAGGAGAUAGAGAUAAUUAUUGUAUGUCGACAUUUCGGAGACUGGAGGUAAAUGGUAUUCCUGAGGAGAGGAAAGUGGCUGAAGCAGUGAAUUUGUGAUGAGAGAGAACCCCCAGAGUGCUGGAGCUGCUGUCUUGUCUGUCUCUAUCCCUUUUAGCCAAGUGUUUUUCUAUGUUUACGUCCCAAAUAGCACACUAUUUCCUAUAUAGUGCACACUUCUGACCAGGGCCCAUAGAGUAGUGCACUAUGUAGGGAAUAGGAUGCCAUUUGGAACAAACACUACGUCUGUGCCAAUCUGCAUGCCUAAGCAGUGCUUUCAUACUUGACGCUAUUGUCUUUCCGUGUGCACUUAUAUAUGUGAGCAAGUGUUGCAGAGUACAGUAGACUCCUGAUAAGGGCACAUAGUAUUGGUUAAAAAGACGACCAAUUAAUUGGGCCUGAAAAAAAAUUACACUUCAGAACUUGCUUUGAAGUGGGGCGGCAGGUAGCCUAGCAGUUAGAGUGUUGGGACCAGUAACCGAAAGGUUGCUGGGUCGAAUACCUGAGCUGACAAGGUGAAAAAUCUAUUGAUGUGCCCGUGAAUAAGGCACUUAACCCUACUUUAUAAUACAUAUUUUUGUGUGCACACUUACCACAAUCCCAAGCAGUUGCAUUUAUCAGUAGUCAACUGUGCAUGUUUGAGUGUAUGAAUGUGUGUAUUCAAGCUUAAUAAUAAAUAUUAAAAUGCUAUGUUUAUACGAUAUUUUUAAAAUAUUUUGUUCUAGAAAUGACAUGCCCUUAACGAUAUAUUUGUAUUUUUUAACUGGCACUCUUCAGAUGAGAGACAGAGAUGCUUUUAUGUUUAAUGUCUGACCAUGUAUGUGUAAAUGCUAAUUCUCUAAAAAUACAUUUGGUUUAAAUUU